AUGUCCCUCGAAGCGACGAUGCUCGUCUUGGACAACUCGGCCUAUGCCAUAAACGGUGACUUCACACGUACGUACAUACCCUACACGUGCCUUCACCCCCUACACCUCCACCACUGACCCUGCUCCCUGCUCCCUGCUCCCUGCUCCCUGCUCCCUCCCCCCUCCACUCCUCCUACAGCGACCCGUCUCGAAGCGCAAUCGGAUGCGGUGCACGUCAUCUUCAACCGCAAGUUGAACGCUCAUCCGGAGAGCGAGGUCGGCCUGAUGGUCAUGGCCGGACCGGCGUGAGUUCUUUCUCCCGGGGAGUGGGGGGUUGUGCGCGUCGUCAUCACUCGACCGAGAACCCUUCACCACCCUCCGCAUCUCCGAGCACGGCGCGGCACUGAUUACCCCUCCACCACGGUCGCAGUCCACAAGUGCUCGUCACCCCGACCCAGGACGAAGGCAAGUUGAUCGCCGCGCUGCACACGAUCCAACCCUCCGGUCAGGCCGACCUCGAGACCGCGAUCAAGGUCGCUCAGGUCAGUCUACCUCCAAGGGGGUGUUCGCGGUGUGCAGGGAUCCGGGAGACUGAACUACGUUGUUUUACGUGUGCGUGGCUAGUUGGCGUUGAAGCACCGUCAAAACAAGAACCAGAGGCAGAGGAUCAUCGUCUUUUGCGCCAGCCCCAUCUCGACCACCUCGGCAACGCUCUCCAAAGUGAGGCAAAGAUCUAGUCGCAGCCAAACCCAAGUCCCUUCCUCUUUUUUUAUUUGUGGCUGAUUUGGAAUAUUCGCUUCGCUGCUUCUUCCCCCCCGCAGCUUGGAAAGAAGAUGAAAAAGAACAACGUCGCGAUCGAUAUCGUCGCUUUCGGUUCCUCGUCCGAUUCCCCCGACGAUGAUGGCGGCGUGGACCUCUCGAUCCCUUCCGUUCCUUCUUCCUCCACCCCGCAAGAACCGACCCCCCCAACUCGACCGGAAACGACCCAACAUAAAUUAACGACCUUGUACGAGGCGGUGAAUUCGUCCGAAAACUCGCACCUCCUCUUCGUCGAAAGGGGACCUUACCUCCUCUCCGAACGACUCGCGCAAUCGCCCAUCUUGAGAACUCGAGGAACGGAAGAGGAUUAUUCCCAGUUCGGCGGCGGCGGCGGUCAAGGUUCGGCCGCGGUCGCGCGAACGGGCGAAGAAGAGGACGGGUUCGGAGUGGACCCGAAUUUGGAUCCCGAGUUGGCGAUGGCGUUGAGGAUGAGUUUGCAGGAAGAGAGGGCGAGGCAAGCCGCUUUGGAGCAGGCCAAGGCGAACACUGCCGCUCGGGUCGGAGCGCACACGAGCAACGAAGAGCAAGGUACGGUCGACGGAGCGGGAGCGGAGCCGAUGGAGACGGAAACGCUUUUGGGAGCCGAGGCGGUAGGGACGGAGGUCGACGAUGUCGAGAUUGAGCACGACGGGGAGGAGGAGGAUGAUUUGGCCAAGGCUUUGGCACUUUCCAGAGGCGCCGAGGGGGAAGAAGGGGAUGUAGAGAUGGAAGAAGAGCAGGAGAUGGCCAGAGCUAGUGAGUUCGAGAGAGAGAGAAAAGCAUUUGGGAAAUAGGCUGGAGAGCUGACUGGCUUGAUGCGUCACCGCAGUUGCGAUGAGCAUGCAGGAGGCGCAAGAGCACGAGGCGACGGAGGCGAAGAAGGACGCAAAGUGA